AUGUAUAUGAAUAGUAAUAGUAGAAUUGCAUCAGCUAUAUUUCUAAUUAGACAAUAUGGAAUACCAAAACCAGAGAAUCAGUCUCUAUGUGAAUCAUAUUCUGGAUCAAAAAUGGGUGCAAGAUUUGUUUGUGAUAGCAGCAACACGUUUGAUGAAAAAUAUCAUAUUGUUGAAAUUACUUUCACUUUAACAGGUAUUCCAUCUGGAAACCCCCCUUCUUUGGCCAAGUCAUUCACAAUGCCUGCUUUGCAAUAUAUCGAAUUACGGAGUGAAGAAGUUGCCAAUCGGUCAAUCAAUAUCUUAGAGUUGCUCAAAUCUGUUAAAAGUUUGAAUAUAAUUAUAUUGCAAGGGGAUAGAUCGAUAAGCUACAUUCCAGGCGAUUUUAAUAAUUUUCCUAAUCUUACCUCGUUUUUCUUAUUCGACUACAAUAAUCCUUUGGUCGUACCUCAUACCUUUUUAAACAACUCUAUCAGCCUUCAAUCGAUCAUUGCUUGGUUCCCAAUUUCAUCAAUUACCGUUGACGACUCUCUCUACUUUCCUUCUCUCACUGAUUAUUAUUUUCAUUCCAAUUGUACCGCUGGAUCACACCAUAUCAAUAUAACAGCUAAAUCAUUUCCAAACCUUCGGAAAUUAUCAAAUACCACUGUCCAUUUGAAUAAAGAUGUCACCAAGUUAAAGCUAAUGUACGUAUUUAAAAUAAUUGUGUUUUAUAUUCGUUAUAUUAAUUUGAUUUGUUGUUCCAACAGACACUGCGUAAUAAUGGCGGGACAUGACACUGCAUGCCACUUAAGAAUAGGAUAUCCAUUCAGUAUAGAAACAUUUAUUGCUACACUAUAUUCAAACCUCACAUAUUUAUCAAUGCAAGAAAUGGGACUUACCUCUUUUUCAUUUAUCCAGGCUCCUCAACAAUUAAAAGAUCUGUAUGAUUAUAAUAAUAAUAAUGAUAACAUAUCGAUUGAUACUAAUUUAUGUCAAUUUGAAAGAUAUCUAGAUAAUAAUGACCUACAAAAUUUCUCAACAAAUUUACCAAACACUUUAAGAACCUUGUCUAUUUCUUAUAACUACAACUUUAAUGGUGCCAUUACUGAAUCAUUCUGUGGAAUAACUAGUUUGAGAAUCGAUAGUACUGCAAUUUCAUCACUUCCAUCAUGUGUUUGGUGUUACAAAGGUACAUCCAGAUAUGAUGUAAUAACAGAUUUACAGGCUCCACCCAAUUUCCAAUGUCCCGGUAUUUAUCCACAAAUCACCAUUAAUAACAAAGAUAAUCUUUUAGUUACCAAUAACAAUAUCGCUACUAUUAAAGGUAACAACAUUGGAUAUGGAUCUUAUGAAUCAAAUUAUACUCUCAACCCAACAAUAUCAAACCAAGAAUUAUCAUUCAAAUAUACACAAGCAACACCAAUACCAGAGAUUCCAACUCUAGUCACAAUCAUUUUAGAUCCACAAAUAGUACAAAUGAUGAUGGUCAAGGAUGAUAUUAAUAUUGGUCAACCAACUAUUUUACAAAUCAACCAAAACAACAUCAUUAUCAAGUUUAAUUUAGAUUAUAAUCCAUAUUUUAAUCACACAAUAACCAUUGAUAAUAGUACUGCUUGUACCAAUUUAACAAAUAUUUCCCCCUCUCAGUUUGAAUGUACAACACCACUUCUAUCGAGUGGAGAUCAUCAAUUAAUAGUUUCAAACUCUUACAUACAAUCACAAGUACAAUUUACCAUUAAUUUAAGGUCUUUCUGUCAACAAUCAACCAAUAAUUGUUAUGGAAAUGGAAAAUGUACUAUUGAUGCAUAUCCAAUUAUUAGUUCAGGAAAUUAUAAUUCAACAAACAACAAGUAUGUUGAAUUGAAUGGUGAUUUUGGUCCAUCAAUUCCAAUAUCCAACCAUUCAAACGUAUCAAUCAUUAUUAAUAGUACAAUCAACUGCGUUGUUGAAUCACUUUCACAAUUCCAAAUCAAUUGUACAAUCGAUCAACAACCAUCAUUUGGAUUGGCUUCUGUUCAACUGAAAUUGAAUAAUGAUUUAAAUACAACUGCAAGAAAUAUAUUAUAUCUUCAAUCACCACCAUCUCAACCAUCGCCUUCACCAAUAUCAAAAUCAUCAUGUGAAAAGAAUACAUCUAAUUGUUAUGGCCAUGGAUAUUGUGAUGAUAAUGGCAAAUGUCAAUGUCAACAUGGUUAUAGUGAUAUUGAUAAUUGUUUGUCAAAAUAUAUCAUUAAUAUGACGAUUACACCCAAUACAACAGAUCCAACAGUAUCAUUUGACAUUGACGGAAUUGAUUUUCUAUUUGAAAUGUUUUCCAUUCAAGAAUUAAAUUUCGAUAAGAAUAUUGCCAAAGAAUUAUUUAUAUCCAAUUACACUUGGAAUGUCAAUAAAACAGCCACCAAUAAUCACACUACUAUUGUCAACUAUCAAUUGAAUACUUUAUCCUCCCCAACAUACCAACCAACUCAAGUUCUAUCAACUAUAUCAUUCUCUACACAACCAAGAACAGUUGAAUUUGGAGGACAACAACUAUUUUUACAUGCCAACUCUAUCAAACUUGAGGUCAAUAUCAGCAAGUGGCAAUAUUCAUCAAAUUUAUCAACACUUCGAGUUGUAUUUAAAACAUUGAUCAACAAUAAUCAAUCGAUUAAAUAUGAUUGCACAGACAAAGAUAUCUCAACACUCAGUUUUGAUUCAUUGUCAAUGUUGCAAUAUCUCAGAGUAGUCAAAGAUGAUAUCCAAUUCAACGGUCGAUUCAUUGAUGUUGCAAUGUCUGAUGGAAGACCAACCUACUCACAAACUCAAAACAUAUCAUCUACACCAAUCAACGAUGAACAAUCAAUUGUAAUGAUUGGAAUUGGAUUUCCUCAAUGCCAAGAGUGUGUACUAGAUCCAGAUUUCUCAGCAUUGGUUGUUAAUCCAGACAAUUCUGGUAAAUGUAAUUCAAUAGCAAACAGCAAAUGGAAAAUCAUUGUAAUUGCAGUUUGUGUAUCACUCGUAACAAUCUCUAUUAUUUUUGUGAUUGUUAAAGUUUUCAAGAGAAAGGUUCAAUUGAAAUUUACAAAGAGAUUAAACAAGAGUUUUAAUAAUCUAAGCAACAUUGCUACAAAAAUGGUUCCAAUCAUCCCAAAACAACCAAACACCACCCAACAACCACAACAACAACAAGAACAACAAAUCAAUACCAAUCCAGUACACAACAAAAUAUCAGAUUGGGUCAACACAAGAACACACAAAUAA